AUGAACCAGCAAUUUCAGAACUUUAGGCAGUACGGUAAUGGCUCGGCUUACGGGAACUUUGGCGGUUCGCCGAAUCAGAACCAAAAGCAUUUGAGGGGGAGACCUCGACGUAUGCUUAUGAGAGAGCUGGUACAAAGUAAAGAAUCGGGAACCGAACUUGUUGGUUAUUCCAUGGGUGUCGUUCAGUCACCUUUGAGAAAAGACUCAGUAUUGAGUUCCAGACAGAAUGCUAGAUACGAUGGGCUCGAACACGGAGAUCCAGAUCUGGCUCCGUGGGCUGUGCUGAAGUCCCGAUUUAAACGCUACGAUGAAGUAACAUUCCCCAUUUCUUUGUGCACUCACUUACAUCGUCACUUGCUCUCAUGUGCCCAACUGCAUGAUGGUAACACUGGUACUUCGGCAAAUACAGAAGGCAAUGAUCCUGUUUUUGAUCUUUCGAAACUCGUCCCGGCUGAGUUUUGCGACCGAGAUGUGAAUUGUUCUCUCAAAGUCCUUUCUAAGCGUCCAACGAUGUCAACGGAUGAUUCCACUGAUGAAGACGGAAAAGUUAGACGAUGGUUACAGGCUGGUCCAAUUACACAGACUGAGGGUGCUUCAACGAAUGGUGAAAAUGGCUCCCGACCUCUGCCUGUACAUUUGAGGACUGUGUGUCUAGAAAUCUAUGAAUCACUACUUCCAAAUUUAAUCGCUUUCAUCAGUGAUAUUUGUGUGAGAUACCAGGCCCUAGGUCAGCCUCCUCAGGUCAAAUACCUCUACAGUCCCUCCGGUGAGCGUCGCUACUUCUUCGACAUACACAACACUCGUUAUGGCAAUCGUCUACACAUUUCCCAGGUUACGGACUUUCAUCGAAGCGUUAUUGGCAUCCCUUUGGAAUCGUUGGUGACCUUUAGGGACCGACUUACUCAGCUUAUUGAUGUCCUUAAACUUGAAGACGGGAAACAUGUUCGAGAGGCCCUCGAGAAGUACUCCAGUCGUCCAGUUCGUCGUCGACCUAUCCGUCCGACGUCAUGCAGCCAGUCGGCGACAAUGGCUACUGUUGAUAGUCAACAUAUGGCGCAAGCUUCGCUUGUAGUUGAGAACCAGGCGUCUUCCAAAAAAUCUACCAAGGCAGAUAAGGGUUCUCGUGAGACACCCUCAUCGCAGCAUAGAAACCCACCACCGCCUCAGUUGACAGCGAAGCAUCAUGUCACGUCUUCCGAAUCGCAGACGAUGUCUCAAGACCUGGAGCCCGAAAUAAAGGAAAUACCGAUAGAAGCACAACAAGUAGUGUCUGAAAAAGAGCAACAGGAACUUCAGCAACAGCAUCAAACAAAAACGAACAAGAAAAGGAAGAAUUCAAAGAAGAAACCUGCUGCAACGAAUGCAAUAAGGACCGAAGUUGUUGAAGUAAAGGAAGGCUCAAAGGAUUCUGUACCAGAACGAAAUGGAGACUAA